CGUGUGCAAUUUCCAUUGUCGCGACUCUUUGUCUCCUCAGCUUGAGUCCACCUUCAAAGAGUAUCCGCCCUCCCUGCGCGCGUUGGCUCCGGGUCGACCAUCUCGACCGGCUCAUUCGCGUACCGUAACCGAUCGACCGCCCUCUACCUGCAGGGCAGGGUAAAAUGAAUGGGCAGGAGGCACCGGGACUGAGAGGUGGCCAGUCGUGGUAGAUACACUGCCUACCAUACUUAGCCUUACAAAUACAGUACUUCUCCAUCUCCCCGACAGCGCCCAAACCACACGACUUCCCGUCGCCAGUUACUUUCCGGGUGCUCAUCAGCGGCGCCUACCUACACCCUGCGUGACCUCCACUACUUUCUUCCUAUCCGACUCGCCUACCUAGCCGUGCCUACCUAGCAAGGUAGGUAGGUGGGAGGUGCCCCUCCUUGGCCAUGUCAAACCCAACGGCCAAGGUCCCCUCGGCGGCAGCGACGUACACACCAGCAACGCUCGACCCAGAUCUGAGAUCGCAGAUCAACACGCUGCUGUUGAAAGACGAUCAUGUAACAAAGAUCCAAGAGACGAUGCUGCACUCGCUGCACUCACACCCGGCAAACUGGCCCACGGCGGUCCAGUCACACGCCCUGUCUCUACUCCGGUCUGGGGAUGUCACCACCUUCCCUGCCCUCCUCCGCCAAGUCCUUGACGAUGUCAGGCAGAGCACUCAGGCUGCCUCCUUGUCGAGCGCGCCCGCCAAGGCCACAAAUGGCGCCGACGUCAACGGCAAAAAGGCCAACGGCGAUGUUUCUGGACGUCUGCAGGGUCUCGCCAUCCCCCAAGCCGUAGUUGACGAUGCCCUCAAGGUCGCUAGGGAAAGUCUCGAGGCUGUCUGUGAGGUUGAGGAGAACGGCACAUCGUGAUUUGACCUCGGGCGCGCUGGACCACGACUUUCCUAGCGGGGUGGAACUGCUGCCGAGGUUGGCGAUAAUCCCUACGCUCCGGUUAUGGACUGGUAUGCUUUGAAAGUGUAAUUCACCCCGAGGCAUCGGUUUAUCCUGGCAACAAUGCGCAGGAGCAAUCACGGUCUAGGUGUGUAAACUACAAAGAGCGAGGAAACGGAAGAAGAUGGUAUCAAGUACUGCUCCCGCCUUGGGUCUUUCCUACUUCUUCAUCGCAAGAGACAAGGAGCCAUAUAUGUCAAACGCUGGAGGGAAAGAGAAAUAGAAGGGAACCCUUGCACCGCAUGAGAGCAGCAAACCCCACAGCCGAGGCGAACCAACCCAUUUAGACUACCUAUCUAUUUCACCUAACGCAAUGCAUUCACCAGACCGUCUUAUUGCACCAGAAAACGACUAAGUGACCGUCGUUAGCCUUGCGAAAAUAGUUCCUCGCUGCCUGUGCCUCUUGACAAAGCCAUG